CACAGCAGGUGAUGUUUAUUCAAUUACGUUUAAUUGAAGGGAAACAUCUAUUCACGAAAAUCUGUAGCUUUUCCGUUUUGAUCUGACGGAACCAAACGAACCGACCAACAGGUUCGGGUUAGUGUCAGAUCACGCAGCUGCACCUGCUUCUUACGCGGACGGUGGGUCUCGAUCCUCCCCGCGGUCCCCGCAUCAUCCUGCGGCACUGACAGCUGAGGGCACCGCCUCGGGGGUGGAGGUGGUGGGGUGUUCUGGACGAGGAAACACCGCCCGCCCCGCCGCCGGGAUGAUCCCAUCAUUUGUCUGAGAAAUGAAGGACAGCCGGGGCGCAGCGGCUCGUCUGGGAUGAGAGACGCUGCGGCGAAAGGUGGAGACGCUUCUUCCUCAUCUUCCUCUUCCUCCACGCUCCGCCGCCGUCCAGCACCAUGUCUCCUCCGGCGUCCGCGGCCACGGCCGCUGAAAGCAGCACGACCACCGUCUUCGAGGAGGACAGCAGGGAGGAGCAGAGAACCCUGAAACAAUCCCUGAGCAAGUCUUUGUGUCGGGAGAGUUUCUGGAAAUGCCUCCUGCUGUCCAUCCUCAUGUACGGCUGCAUGGGGGCCAUGGUUUGGUGCCAAGUCACCAAAGUCACCCACCUCACCUUCAACAGCGCCUUCAAAGGGAAGUCCAUGAUGUACCACGACAGCCCCUGCUCCGACGGGUACAUCUACAUCCCCUUGGCUCUGCUGGGCAUGCUUUACCUGGUCUACCUGGUGGAGUGCUGGCACUGCCACGUGAAGAACGAGCUGCAGCACAAGGUGGACGUCGAGGGCGUCUACGAGCGCAUCCAGAGGAUGCAGCAGGCCAAGCCCUGCAUCUGGUGGAAGGCCAUCAGCUACCACUACGUCCGCAGGACCCGGCAGGUCACGCGCUACCGGAACGGCGACGCUUACACCAGCACACAGGUCUACCACGAGCGCGUCAACACCCACGUGGCCGAGGCGGAGUUCGACUACGGCCACUGCGGAGUCAAAGAUGUUUCCAAACAGCUCCUGGGCCUGGAGAAGUCUCCCCUGACCAAGAUGCGCUUCACUAAGUGCUUUAGCUUCGCCAACGUGGAGUCGGAGAACUCGUACCUGACGCAGAGGGCAAGGUUUUUCACCGACAACGAGGGUCUGGAUGAUUACAUGGAGGCCAGAGAGGGCAUGCACCUGAAGAAUGUUGACCUGAAGGAGUACGUCCUGGUGCUGGCGGACCCUGAACAUCACCCCUGGUACCUGUCCCACUACGUCUUCUGGUUUGCCUCGUUCCUCACGUUCUCCUGGCCUCUCAGAGUCUUCACGGAGUAUCGCACUGCCUACGUUCAUUACCGCGUCGAGAAGCUCUUUGGUCACGAUUACCUUCCCGUCACACCUUGCGACGACCGACCUUACUGGCGUCGGAUUCCUCGCGUCAACACCAUCGACAGCACCGAGCUGGAGUGGCACAUCCGCUCCAACCAGCAGCUGGUCCCCAGUUACUCCGAGGCCGGCCUGAUGGACCUGGCUCAGUGUCCGUCCAGCUUUGGCGGGAUCCGUCAGAACUGCGAGCGGUGCCACCGGGCCAUCAGCUGCUCGUCUGUUUUCUCCAGGAGUGCCCUCAGCAUCUGCACCGGCGCCGGCUCCCGCCUGCCCUUCAGCGGCAGCCGCUUCUCCCUGGCGCGGCGCUACGGCUCCCAGAGGAGCUGCUUCUGGAGGAGCGGCAGCCUGGACGACCAGGAGAGCCCCGGCGAGAACACCCGCUGCCUGUCGGAGCGCCACGCCGCCGCCGACGAUGAGGGGGAGCCUCCGCACUACGAAGACGCCCUCUGCUACCCCGUCCUCAUCGUCCACUGCAGCGAGAACUGCCACAGCCACAGGUCCUUCCACAGAAACAGCUCCUGUGUGGAGACGUCUUUAUGACUCACCGGUAGCAUUAAAAAAACACUUUAGAGAUCAGAAUCAUCAGAGCAAUAACAGCAAUCGAUGGAUGCAGAACGAAGUCGUAGAGAUCACCAGCUCGACUUCUGGGGAAGAUAAAGACUGUUACGCCGUCGCCAUAUUUGGAUAUCUCAUGUGGUGCAUGAAAACUGAAGCUGCAGUUACCAUUCGACCUACGCAGGAAAGGACAGGACUCAACGUUUCAUUUUCUUUCACAUUUCAAAAACACAGAUGCUUUUGAUGAUGAAACAAAAAAAAUGGUGCAGACCUUACUGUAAGAAACAAAAAAAUUAAAGCAAUAAAACACGUACUCUCAGUUUAAAACCCAAUGAGGAUUUACAAAUAUAGGGUGACAAGUGUAAAAUAAAAUGUAAAAAAAUGCACUAACAUAUUUUCAUUAUAUAGCUCACUUUUUGGGUGUGAAAA